AUGGAGUCCAAGUUUGCGAUACUCGCGUUUUGUUUGCUUUUGAGCCAUGGCUUGGCUGAACAACGCCAUCCCCAUGCUGGAUCUCUUGGCGAUCUUCGCGUAUUGCACUACAACAACCUCGGUCCCCAGAACAAUGGCACUUCAGCUAUUUUAGCACACGAUCGCUCGAGCUAUUUCGAUGCUGUUGCAAAGUGCAUUGCCAUAGGGGAGAAGCUCUUCCCGUGGUCUUCGAGUGAAAGCAAUAGUCAAAUUCACUCCGAACUCGGUUAUGAACUAGACUAUCUCAUCUUUGCAAAAGAAAUACGAGAUGAUGACUACUUUUGGCUGUCGGAGGAAGAAAAUCGCAAAUUAUGUUCUGCUUUCUCGAUCGCCCAUCGCAAGAUCAUACAGAAACCAUGCAAUGUGAAGCUACCAGCCCUCUGUACCUCAAGUCCGCCCGGAACAACCGAUCGCGACCGAGCCGUAAGGGAAACCACGAAACUGACCGUCACAUCCCACGAUUAUACCCUAACCGGAUAUCGAGAUGCGCGUUCCUUCCGCUUCCUCGGGGUGCCCUUCGCGAGUCCCCCAAUUAAUGACUUGCGCUUUGCCCCACCGCAAGCCUACACCGGAUCGAACAACAUCGAUGCGACUAGCAUGGGGAAUUCAUGCAUCCAAUCUGCUUCAGCCCUUAGCACUGUGUCUAUUGGUGGAAUGUCUGAGGACUGCCUUUACUUGAAUGUCUUCACCCCAUUCCUGCCUCACAAUAUCACCAAGAACACCGCCCUUCGCCCCGUGGCUGUUUAUCUGUAUGGGGGUGCAUUCACGAAAGGUACCGCAGCUAUGAUUGACUAUGACGGAGGAAACUUCGCCAGCCGCAGCGAUGUGGUCGUCGUCACAGUUAACUAUCGGCUUGGAGCAUUGGGGUUUUUGUCUACAGGGAAGCUGACAACUGGGAGCUACGGUAUUCAAGACCAAAUCAUGGUUUUGCAAUGGGUACAAAAGCACAUUUCUGCCUUGGGAGGUGAUCCAUCGCAUGUUACUGUCUUCGGGCAGUCAUCUGGUGGUCAAAGCGUGGUAGCUCUGCUCUCUUCCAGCGCAGCGAAAGGUCUCUUCUCCGGCGCGCUGGUGCAAUCAGCAAACUUCGACCUGCCAUGGUUUCCUCGCGCUCUUUAUUCUAAAUACAUCGCUCCAGAAGUCGGAAACGCAGUUGGAUGUGACGGAAACGCCCCAGAAGCAACCCUCCUCAACUGCCUUCGUUCCGUCCCGGCUUCAAUGUAUCUUGAUAACUCAACUGAUUUCCAGACUGCUACAAAGUCCUUCUCAUCCAACAAGGCAAAUCACUUCUACCAUAAUACAGAACUGCUAUCCGCAAGUGAACCGUUCAUGCCGAUGGUAGAUGACACCGGAUCAGGCGUUAUCGACGACCAAUUUAACAUCCUCCUCUCCAAGAACAAGCUCCCAAUCAACGUCCCGACCAUGUUCACCAAUGUCCGCGACGAAGCAAGCCUCUACAUGGCCAUUUUCGGCUCGACCCAGAGCCCACUCGCUACAUUGCUUAGCGUUAUAUUCGGCGAUACCCUCGCUCGGAAAAUAAUAUCCUCUGGGGCAUACAAGGUUAAUGAUUCCGAUCACGAUGCCGUCUUAAACGCUGCUUCCGAUGCAGUAUCGCACAGUCAGUGGACUUGCCCACAGGGCUAUCUUCUCGAGAAUUCCAUUUCCAUCUUUCCUGUCCUAUACCAAGUCCAAAUAGCAGAUGGUCAUGCAGAGACAUCAAAUAUGCCGGGCAUCUGUUACCCGAAUACUGCGUACAAUGCUUCCUGCCAUACCUCAGAUGUCUUGCUCGCGUGGGGUACCCUGAACACCAAGACGCAAGAUGUGUAUCCGUACUACGAUGAUUUGGAUAUUCUUCACUCACAGCUUGUUCAUGAUGUAUUCGGUGCGUUUUUCCGCGAAAGAAACCCAAAUCCGGAUCUGGAGUUCUUGAAGAUCCGUGGUCCUGCGUAUGCAAGUACUCUCUCUAUAUUUGGUGGAGAGUCGGUUGGUUCGAACUCUUCGUUUGGGCGUUCUGAGAAGCGGUUUCUUAUUGAGGAGUAUACGGCUUCAACACGAAAUAUGACGCUUUUGGGAAUGCCGCCGUCUACUACGGCCAAUUUUGAGGACGAGGAGAUUUGUGCUGUGCUGCGCGAUUAUGGUUUUACUUUCCAGAGGGCGCGGCUGUCGGAUUAG